UCUUUUCUCAGUUUGAGCUGUCAAGUGACUCCGGAUGUACACAUUUUAACAGCUACAUAUCUGUCACUGGAAUACAAUGUUGGGUUUAUAAUUUACACCUUAUUAUUGGUAACUUUGAUAAAGUAAAUACACAAGGUUGUGUAUGUGUGUGUUUUUAGCAUGUUAGCUAAGUGUUUUAGACGCUAUUUCACUUGUUAUCUAUAUAAACACAGUGGCUGAAUCCCGAAUGGCGGACUGAUGUACUGAUGUAUAAAGUUCACUAUCUAGCGUGUACAAACCAUUAUUUCACGCCCUGUGUAGUGCACUUGUCUAGAGAUCAGGGAGUCAUUUCGGAUCGAGCAGCUUUGCGUAAGUUACUAACGCCGUGUUUUCAGACUUUGCUGGAGAAGUAAAGGUUUGAAAGGGAGAAUGGCGGGACCGCUGCUUGAGUACGAGACGGAAAUGUUUCUGAGCCUUUUCAGCACGGAUGGUUUACUGAUCGCGGCAGAAGGACUUGGUAUUGACCGCAUUUUGUUACACUUUAUGAAGGUUUAUUCAGAGGAAGGCAGUCUGGUGCUGCUGCUGAACACAACGACUCCUGAACAGGAGUUCUUUACAGAGCAGCUGAGAGCUGAAGGAGUGAGCCAUCUUCCCCGGACCAUAAACAGUGAUGUACCGAGCAGUGAACGCUACCAUGUUUACACACAAGGGGGAGUGCUGUUUGUGACCAGCCGCAUCCUGGUGGUGGAUUUUCUCACCGACAGAAUUCCUGCUCACCUCAUCUCAGGAAUCCUCGUCUACCGUGCUCAUAAGAUCAUUGAGUCAUGUCAAGAGGCUUUUAUCUUGAGACUGUACCGACAAAAGAACAAGACCGGCUUCAUCAAAGCUUUCACAGACAAGGCAACUUCUUUUUCUACUGGCUUCUGUCAAGUCGAGCGAGUUAUGAGGAAUCUCUUUGUGAAGAAGCUCUUUCUCUGGCCUAGGUUCCAAGCCUCCGUGAACAGUGUGCUGGACAGGCACAAGCCUGAUGUGGUAGAGCUGCAUGUGCAUUUGACUCCAGUGAUGAGGGCCAUCCAGAGCUCCAUCCUGGACAUCAUGAAUGCCUGUUUGAAGGAGCUUAAGCGUUACAACCCAACUCUGGAGGCAGAGGACCUCUCGCUGGAGAAUACACUGGGCAGUGCCUUUGAAAAAACCAUUCGCCAUUACCUCGAUCCCUUGUGGCAUCAGCUGGGCGCUAAGACCAAAUCUCUAGUGCAGGACCUGAAGAUCUUACGAACUCUGUUGCUCUACCUCACGCAGUACGACUGCGUCACUUUCCUCAAUCUGCUCGAGUCCCUGCGUUCCAGCCAGAAAAACUUUGGCAGCAAUUCAGGAUGGCUGUUCUUGGACUCCAGCACUUCCAUGUUUGUGAACGCUCGUAGCCGUGUGUAUCGCGUUCCUGAGUCAAAAAAGAAGCUUAAAGUUGGUGACGUGGAAGAAAAACCAAGUGUCUCUGUGCCUUUAAAAAGAGAGCUUGUGCUUGAAAAGAAUCCGAAGUGGGAAGCUCUGACUGAGGUGCUGCAGGAGAUUGAAAAGGAAUUGAGCAGCUCCGAGCACGAACCAGGCCGGGUGUUGAUCUGCGCCAGUGACGACAGGACGUGUGCUCAGCUGAAGGAGUACAUCCAGAAAGGUGGUGAUUCUUUACUCAUGCGCCUUUAUUCACGGACUGUCGGUAAAGAUGAGUGUGUAGCGGUGCCUGAGAAAACAAAACAAGGUAACAGUCGGCCCAGAAGAGACGUAAGAAAAGGACCCAAGGAUAAGAAGGACAAGAAUUUGGCCAGAAAUACCAAACUCGGCGCAAAGAAACAGCGAGCUUCACUGACGCUCACACAAAUGGUGGGGCAGCAGAAAGAAGCUGAGGUGGACCAGCUGGGCAGCAGUGGAGAUGAGAGGGAACAGGAUGAAAUGCAGGAGGUAAAGGAUGAAGAUGUUCUUCUAAAUCUUACUUCAGAUUCCUACUAUGGUGUUCUCCAAGAACCCAUGACGGUCAUUCAUCCGCUGAAAGGAUGCUCGGAUCCGUACAGUCUAGCGCGAGUGUUAAAAGAGGUCGAGCCCAUGUUUGUGGUGCUGUAUGAUGCGGAACUCAGCUUUGUGCGCCAGCUGGAGGUUUACAAAGCCAGCAGGCCAGGCAAACCUCUCAGGGUGUAUUUCCUUAUUUAUGGUGGUUCCACAGAGGAACAGAGGUAUCUCACUGCUCUACGUAAAGAGAAACAAGCAUUUGAACAUCUGAUCAGAGAAAAGGCCAGCAUGGUUGUUCCAGAAGAGAGAGAAGGCCGAGGAGACACAAACCUGGACCUGGAUCGUAGUCAGGAACCUGCUCACGCUGCUGCAGACACUCGCAAAGCAGGUGGACAGGAAAUUGUCAAAGAGCCGUGCCGAGUCAUCGUAGACAUGCGGGAGUUCCGCAGCGAGCUUCCUUCCCUCCUGCACCGGCGUGGGCUCGACAUCGAGCCGGUCACCCUGGAGGUGGGAGACUACAUCCUGACUCCUGAAAUCUGCGUGGAGCGCAAGAGCGUGAGUGACCUGAUCGGCUCGCUGCAGAGCGGCCGUUUGUACGCUCAGUGCGUGUCCAUGAGCCGCUUCUACCGCCGGCCCGUGCUGCUCAUCGAAUUCGACCCGGCCAAGCCGUUCUCACUCGUGGCCCGUAGCGAGCUACGUCAGGAGAUCUCCGCCAACGACAUCACUUCCAAACUGACCCUCCUGACUCUCCAUUUCCCCCGGCUGAGGCUGCUCUGGUGCCCAUCACCCCAUGCCACCGCGCAGCUCUUUCAGGAACUCAAGCAUGCUCGGCCUGAGCCUGAUGCCAUCACUGCCCAGGCCGUUACAGCAGAAUCAGAUGUGGUGGAAGAAUCGGUAGACCUGUACAACCCCGGGCCUUAUGACUUCCUGCUCCGUAUGCCCGGAGUGAAUGUUAAAAACGUAAGGGGACUCAUUAAACAUGCUGCCAGCCUGGCUGAGCUGCUCACUCUGAGCCUGGAAAAGCUGGGUGAGAUUCUGGGCAGUACUAGUAAUGCCAGGCAGCUCCAUGAAUUCCUACACAAUACCAUGAAUGUGGCUUCAGUUCAAAAGACCAAACAAACAAAGUAUUAGUUUGUAGUGUGAACAAGUCUGGCAGAAUUGUAGAUCUAAAAUGUAAUGCAUUCAUAUUAUAUAAAAUGUCUCAUGUACAGUAUAUUUAAGUGAGAUUUAUUUUUUUAAUGUAAAACAAUGUAGAGUGUAUGAAUUUUCAACUGUCUGUAUCUGGAAGGUAUAUGAUUAAAUUGGCUACAGGCA